AAGAGAAUAUCACUUCUCCUCCAUCUCCUCCCUCCUCUCUUCAUUUAUUGUUGCUUGACGGAAUAUAACGCCGCUCCACUUUUAAUUUCCACUUGCUCCUGGAAAGCAUCGGUCUUUCCGCCCGUUUUCUGUUUCUUCCUUUUUCCUUGGUGGCAAGUUCCCCCUUCCUUUCGGCUUUUGGUUACUUGUUUUUUUUUUUUUUUUUUUUUUCGCCCUUUCGUCUUCUGGCUCUUUGCGCCGUCACGGUUUGCCUCAUCUGUCAGUCUCUUUUCGUAAAUUAGCGACAGCGGCUCUAAGGAGGCAAGCUGACUUUCAAAGGGAGGAAGAUCGAAAAGGGAUAAGAGGAAGAGGAGUCCCUUGCUCUUUGAUCAGCUCCGCCAGCACACGGCCGUAAAUACAGACGACAUGUCGACCCCCGUCUCCCCCUCCCCGUCCCUCUCCCCGCUGGCCCUGGCCUCCCCCACCCCAUCUCCGUCCGCGUCCCCCCUGCCGUCUCCCCUGCCGUCCCCUCUAGCCCCGCCCCCUCGGGUACCCGUCUUCCAGAGGCGAGGGGCCCUGAAGCACAAGAGGAUCGUUGAGGUGAAGGACCACCAGUUCACGGCGCGCUUCUUCAAGCAGCCCACCUUCUGCAGCCACUGUACCGACUUCAUCUGGGGCAUCGGAAAGCAGGGGUUUCAGUGUCAAGUGUGUGGCUUUGUGGUUCACAAGCGUUGCCACGAGUUUGUGACCUUUACCUGUCCAGGUUCCAUGACAGGCCCCAAAGCUGAGGAUGUGAAAAGCAAACACAAGUUCAAAAUCCACACGUACUCCAGCCCCACGUUCUGCGACCACUGUGGCUCCCUGCUCUACGGCCUCAUACACCAGGGCAUGAGGUGCACCAGCUGUGACAUGAACGUACACAAACGCUGCGAGGCCAGCGUUCCCAGUCUGUGUGGCCACGACCACACGGAGAAGAGGGGGAGGAUCCGCCUGACGGUCAGGGGAGAGAGGGAGGAGAUUCAUAUCACCGUGCACGAGGCACGAAACCUGAUUCCCAUGGACCCCAACGGGCUCUCUGACCCUUACGUGAAGCUCAAGCUCAUUCCGGACCCCAAGAGUCAGAGCAAGCAGAAGACUCGCACCAUCCGUUCCACGCUCAACCCCGUGUGGAAUGAGACCUUCACCUUCUCAGUGCGCGGGAGGCAGUGGGAUCGACGGCUCUCCGUCGAGGUGUGGGACUGGGACCGCACUUCCCGAAAUGACUUCAUGGGGGCGCUGUCCUUUGGAGUGAGUGAAAUAUUCCGACGCUCUGUCAGCGGCUGGUUCAAACUGCUCAACCAAGAUGAGGGAGAAUACUACAACAUCCCUGUCCCAGAUCAAGAGCUGCAGGACUCCCUCACUGCCCCAGCGCCCUCCUUGCCUCCAGCCCCAGUAAGCGUUCCAGCCCCAGUGACCACUCCCACCCUGCCUUGCUCCUCCAGCAUCUCUCCAAGGAAGACCCGGGUGGGCCUUCAGGACUUCAACUUUCUCAUGGUGCUGGGGAAAGGCAGCUUUGGAAAGGUGCUGCUGGCUGAGGAGCGAGGAACCGAGAGUCUGUUCGCAGUGAAGGUGCUGAAGAAAGAUGUGCUCUUCCAGGAUGAGGACACUGAGAGCGCCAUGGUGGAGAGAAGGGUGCUAGGUCUCCUGGGGCGACCUCAUUUCCUCACGGGCCUCUACAGCGCCUUCCAAACUGAGGACCGCCUCUAUUACGUGAUGGAGUAUGUGAAUGGAGGGGACCUGAUGUUUCACAUCCAGAUCGUGGGGAAGUUCAAAGAGCCACAUGCUGCGUUUUAUGCUGCAGAGAUAGCUGUUGGUCUCUUCUUCUUGCAUAACAGAGGAAUAAUAUACAGGGACCUGAAGCUGGACAACGUGUUGCUCGACAGCGAAGGCCACAUCAAGAUCGCAGAUUUCGGCAUGUGCAGGGAGGGGAUGAUGGAGGGAGACAAUACUCGUACCUUCUGCGGCACCCCCGACUACAUUGCCCCUGAGAUCGUGGCAUACCAGCCGUACGGGAAGGCUGUGGACUGGUGGUCUUACGGUGUGCUGCUCUAUGAAAUGCUGGCUGGACAGCCUCCCUUUGAUGGAAUGGAUGAGGAGGAACUGUUCCAGGCCAUCUUGGAGCAGAGCGUGUCAUACCCCAAGAGCCUCUCCCGGGAGGCUGUGUCUAUCUGCAAGGGGCUCAUGACCAAGCAUCCGGGGAAGCGUCUGGGGGGCGGCGAGGAUGCGGAGCGAGAGAUUCGAGAGCAUCCCUUCUUCCGCUGGAUUGACUGGGAGAGACUAGAAAGGCUGGAGGUCCAACCCCCCUUCAAGCCCAGAACUGGCGGGAGGAAUGGGGAGAACUUUGACAAGUUUUUCACAUCUGCCCCUUCAGCCCUCACACCGUCCGACCCUGACGUGCUGGCGGCCAUUGACCAAUCUGACUUCGAGGGGUUCUCCUACAUCAACCCUGACUUCCCUUCCUCACCUCUCACUGCAGUCUAGCUCACUGGGUGGAUCCGGAACAAGACAAAGAGGUGGCCCGUGGAUGCUGGCGGGACGCCGCGCUGCACUCGCACUGGUGCUGAGGGAAACUGGCAAAUGCACAGAACACUUUAUGCAAACUGCAGCUGGAUACAAGGCACAAAUUACACCAACCACACAGAACAAAUAUAUAAUUCAAUAUUACGUAGACGGCAUGUAUUUUAUACACCAUGUAGUAAAUGCUAAGUAUUGUUUAUAUCACUAUAUAUUUGAGAGUGAAUUUGAUUUUGUGACAGGAUUGCUUUUAGUUUCAGUUGUUUAAUUCUCCCAUUCCUUAAGUAGGCUCAAAAAGUUCCAGUAGUUGUCCUAUCGCCCUCACUUCCCAGUGCUUGCCUGUAUUAUGACCUUUAAGGCCUUCAGCUGCUCAGUCCGUUAAUUAGUCUACAGGUAAUAUAUCAUGGCUGUAUGAAAAUGGCUUACUGCGCCAAGGGAACGUUGGUUCAGGGAGAAAAGAGUUGCAUGUUAAAUGUGAAAUACAUUUGUUUCUAAAUAAUAUAAAAUGACAGUAAAUUUCCGGUCCUCAGGAACAUUAUCCAUUACCAGUACAAAGUCUUAUGAAUAGAUCAGUAAGAUAACCACCAGGAUUCAGAAGAAACCAAAAGCAAAGCCUGACAUUUUGAACAUCAGCCUUUUCAAAACUCUUGUUAACGCUCAAUGUGACAUACGCCGGACAAGCUUAACAUCAGCCUUGUAUCAAAGCAGUUCAUAGUAAAUUAUAAUAAACUCUUUUCACGAAAAAGUCAUUGAUAGUCCCGACAUUAAAAUGCACAUAAUUAUCUAUGUUACAGUCAGACGUAUUUCUAUAUCAUUCAUAUUUUAUGAUUUGGAGGCAAUGACUGCUAAAUCCAUUUAUUUCUGAAGGUCACGUACUGAUUAAAAUUUUACCUGACUUGAUACUUUGUCAUGCCCUUUGUAUCCAGCUCAUGCUGUAGGUUAUAUCCCAGAUCUAUAUUCACCUUAUGUCACGCUACAGAACUUGUCAUGCACUGUUAGAAUUUUGCUGACUUUUAAGAGAUAUCAUAAAGCUAUAUGCUGUAGGAACCCAACACUAAUCUUUCCCCACACAGAGUUCACACUUUAAUUUGUCUGUGACUGCUUCUGACCAGAUGACAAAAUGUGAGUGAAGAAUCAAGAGUUAACGCUCAAAGGAAUUGCACUAUAAAUAUAUAUAUAGAGCACCUACAUUAUUUUCAUAUGUUUCUAUUUUUAACGCUUCCCUCUGGUAGACGUGACAUGACACGUGGGCCCAUGUCCUUCAGGAGACUUGAUGGGUCCUAAAGAUAAUAAAGACAACGCGUCGCAGACCAACACACUUGACACCUCGUUUUUCUGAUUUUGCAUCUGCACCAUCGCAGACAAAUGGACACGAAGCCUCCUUUGUUAAAAUCUUGUCUGCUGGGCUAAGUUUACAAAUUAUAGUUAGACAUAUACAGGUAUGAACUCAUAGGUUAAUCAAUAUAUGCGAAAACAGGCAAAAGCGGCUAAAGAGAAUAGAAGUUAUCU